AAUAAUCAGCCAGAUGGUCCCGAGAGGACCGAUUCAUAUGUAAAAAGUGGUGGCGAAAAAAAUAAUGAGCCAGAGAGCUCUAGCGCUUCUUCAGAACAAAUCAUACCCGCUACUAUUUCUAAAGAAAAAAUUUCAUUAGGUGUUAUUGUGAAAAAGCUAUGGAAUUUGGAGAGCAUCAUGCCAAAAGAAAAAGUCAGAUAUCCUGCCCACAAAAAAUAUAUAAAUAGAGAAGAG